AUGUUAUCAGCUAUUCAGGUAAGGAGAUUGCUUCUAGAGGGAUGUCAAGGGUACUUGGCUUGUGUGAAGGAAGAACCGGAAGGGGAAUUAAAGUUGGACGAUAUCCCGGUAGUGAGGGAUUUUCUUUAUGUGUUUUCAGAGGAUUUGUCAAGGUUACCUCCUGAUCGUGAAGUCAAAUUUACUAUUGAUCUUCCUCCAGGGAUGGCGCCGGAAAGAAUUAAAGCUGCUCAAAUGAAAGAUGUGGAAUUGGUAAAGAUUGUGGAUAAGGCGAGUAGGCGGCCCUCUAGGGUUUCUACUCUUCUACCUUCAUCUCCCAGGUCUUGCAGUGUAGCCCUAAUCGAGAGGAAGACGCACGAGAGCAUCAACAACAGGCUUGCUCUCGUUAUGAGGAGUGGCAAGUAUACGCUAGGCUACAAAAUAGUUCUUCGUUCUCUCCGAAGCUCCAAAGGGAAACUUAUAAUUAUUUCGAACAACUGUCCCCCGCUGAGGAAAUCUGAGAUUGAGUAUUAUGCAAUGCUUGGAAAGAUCGGUGUUCACCAUUAUAAUGGAAGGUGUUAUGUAGGAGGCCCUGCGGGUGUUAUACUAGUGUACCAUAGGGGCUUUUUAGUAAACAGGUGAUCCAGGUAGGCGAGCAGAGCAGGCUCGCAGAUAAAGGGGCUACUGUACUGCCCUGUCAGUAGAGAGUGAAUAUAUUUUUGUGAGUGUUUUUGUAUAGCCCUCACCAGUUGAAGAUAUUUUGGGAAUAGUGAUAUGUGUAUAUUUUGGAAAAUAUGUUAGUACUCUGGUAUUGUAUAUAUAUAUAUAUUUACAUAUAGUUAUGUCUAUGUGGUUUCUGC